AUGUUUCUUGACAUUGCAUUCUUUUUCAAAGAUGAAAACAAAGACUUGGUCACAAGGAUACUAAAUACCUUUGAUUUCAAUGCAACUAAUGGAGUAGAAAUCCUAGAAAAUAAAGCUCUUAUAUCCAUUUCAAACAGUAAUACGAUACAGAUUCAUGGCUUACUACAAAAUAUGGCAUUUGAUAUAGCUCGACAAGAAGAUAAUGAUCGAGGAAAGCGUCGCCGACUGAAAGAUGCUAAAGACAUUUGUGAUUUACUUAGAAAUAACAAGGGCAUUGAUGCAGUUGAAGGAAUAAUAUUAGACUUGUCUCAAAAUCUAGAUUUAGAAGUUCAAGCUGACACAUUCAACUUGAUGACUGAAUUAAGAUUUCUGAAAUUCCACGUCCCCAAAGGUAAGAAGAAAUUGGGCACGGUGCAUCUUUCUAAAAAUUUUAAGCUAUUUUUUGACAAAUUGGCAUACCUUGAAUGGAAUGGGUAUCCCUUGAAGUCUCUCCCAGAACCUAUUCGUGUUGAGCAGCUGAUUCAGAUUUGUUUGCCGCACAGCAACAUUGAACAUCUUUGGUUCAAGAAACAGAAACUUACGAAUUUAGAGGCAAUCGACCCAAGUGGGUGCAAAAAGUUGAAGAACCUCCCUGAUUUGUCUGGCGCGCCAAAACUCAAACAGUUGAGCCUUUCUGGUUGUGAAGAAUUACUUGAAGUUCAGGCUUCUGCUUUUUCUAAGGACACACUUGUUACUUUGCUACUGGAUGGGUGCAAAAAAGUGCCAAGUCUUAUGGGUGAGAAGCAUUUAAAAUCUCUAGCAAACUUCAGUGUCAAAGGUUGUUAUGGUCUGAAGGAAUUUUCAUUAUCUUCGGAUGCACUAAGAAGGUUGGAUUUGAGCAAUACAGGAAUCGAAAUAUUGCACCCAUCAAUUGGUGGUAUGACCAAGCUUUAUUCGUUAAAUCUAGAAGGUUUAAAUCUAACAAGUCUACCGAUUGAAUUGUCUUACUUGGCACUUACUGAACUUCGGGUUUCUAAGUGCAGUGUAGUAACCAAAUCAAAGUUAAAAGCCCUAUUUGAUGGUCUGAGCUCACUAAGAUUACUACACUUGAAAGACUGUGGUAACUUGUUUGAACUCCCUGCAAACAUUAGUUCUUUAUCAUCAUUGCAAGAGUUAAGACUAGAUGGAAGCAAUGUGAAGGAGUUGCCUGCUAGCAUCAAAGACCUCUUAGAGCUAGAAGUUCAGUCUUUAGACAAUUGCAGUAAGCUUCAAUGUCUGCCAGAACUGCCUUUAAGCAUCAAAGAGUUUCAGGCUGGCAACUGCUUGUCGUUAACGACAGUAUCCACUUUGAAGACUUUUUCAGUAAACAUGAUUGGACAGAACAAAUACAUUUCGAUAACGAAUAGCAUUAAGAUGAAACUGGAUGGACCCUCCCUUGCCUGCAUGACGGAAGAUGCCAUGUUAACAAUGAAAAGUGCUGCCUUUCACAAUGUAUUAGUGAGAAAGUACAGAUUCCAAACCCACAGCUACAAUUAUAACAGCGCCGAGGUAUGUCUGCCAGGACACAGAAUUCCAAGUCAGUUCAAACAACGAUCCACCACAUACGCCUCCUUAACUAUUGACGUUCUCAACUGGGUGGGCUUCAUUUUAGCAGUUGUUGUUAUUCCAUCUAACAUAACACAAGAGGGUGAAUACUUUGUUGGAAUCCUAUGUCAGUGCUAUUCGGAAGAUGGAAGGACGGAAGUGGGAAAUAAGUCUAAGUGGAAGCCUAAACUGGUUACAGAUUUGGAAAUGGAUCAUAUUUUUGUAUGGUAUGAUCCAUUCCUUUGUGACACCAUACUCAGAAGGAAUGAAAGAAAGGUUUCUUUUAAAUUCUAUAUUACAACUUAUACAACUAGUGGCAGAGAACUUGGUGACCUUUUAAAAAUCAAAGAGUGUGGGGUUUGUCCAAUUUACUACUCAGAAAGUCAGAAGGUUUUAGGCACAGGGAAUUUAGACAAGGACUUGGAAAAAGAGUUGUAUCAGGAAAUUGAACAUGAGAGAUCAGUUGAAGGCUAUGAUGAGGGAGAAGGCAUUGAUAUUGAACCAAAUGACAAGGAAGGCACGAGCAUACAGAACCAAGAGUUGGACUGUUUAAUCGUCUCUAAAGAUACUCAGGUACAUGACGAUCCUCAAGAGAAAGUAAAUUUGAAAGAUGAUGAUAAUUCCAAAGAAUUGAUGAAAUCUGAGAUUCUUCAUUAUAGUACUUCUUUGAAGUCUGGAGAGGAAGAUUCUACUGAAGGAAGUUCUGAUGCAAAAUUGUCAAUCAAUAAAGAAAUUAAGAGAGACGACUCUUCUGGUGUUGAUGAAUCACACUCUUCUACUUUUCCAACAAGAUUGAGUUUAACAAACAAGUUGAAGAUAUACGAGGAAACUAAAAAUCUUAAACCAUCACUACCAUCAUUAGUGAAGAUUCCAUCUCCUUCUUAUACUAAUUUGUUACAACUACAAGAAGCUCCCAGCAAACUAAUCCCAAACUCCUCAAUGGAUGCUGAAAGUUCUUCAAGUAAACCUUCUUCUUCAAAGGGUCAAAUAAGAACUGAAGAAAACUCUUCAAAAUUAAAGAAAUUGAGUACUCAAGAACAUUCUCCUGUCGAUUAUUCUGAAUACAAGAAAACUCUUGAAGAAGACCCUUGGGCAAUCAUAGAGAAACUCUUAUGUGAUGAACAUGGUAGUACUUCACAGGCUUCUCAAUCUACAACACAAGCAGAAUCUACUGAAACUCCGAACGAGUCAAUCGAGAAGCUGCUUGAUGAAUUACGAGAAUUGGCAUUUUCUAAGAACUUAUUGAAAAAUUUAAGCAAUGAUGUGACCCUUGAAGAAGAGGUAAAAGCUUUAUUAGUUAAACUCAAUGAUAGAGCUAAUGAGCUUUCUGUGAAACAAAAUUCUGGUAUUACUGAUUUCACCACAUUCUUUAAUAAAUCCACGGUCAAUAUUGAUGAAGAAAAACGGAGCAAUGUUACUCUUCAACAACUUAAUGUGGACGAUGCAGAUUCAAGAGCCAAGCUUCAAGAAUCUCAAAACAAAAUAAAGAAGUUCAAAGAGUCCAUCGUUGCUGGUGAGGAUAAGAUUAAGGGGGCCGGAGUGCGUCGAUAUUGUGCUGUUGCAGAAGCAGUUGAGUUGUCGCUCGCGGUCGCCGGCGUGUCGUCGGAGGCCAGUCAAAUAAUGGAUUUGGAAUGA